CCCAGUGGGCAUGGAUUGCCGGAAAGAGGAAGAACAGCCUGCCCGCCGUUCCCGCCAGCCGCACGGUCAAUUUCCGUUGCAGGCACCGGCCACCCCCGUCCCCUCGCUGCGCUGGUACAAGAACGGCAACGAGUUCAGAAGGACCGCGAUCGGGGUCUUCAAGAUCCGGGACCCCCAUGGACCGGCCCAAUGAGUCGUGUCCCGUCGGACCGGGGACACUACACCUCGUGUUGGAAACGAGCACGGAGCCUCACACACACCUACCGCUGGACGUCGUCGAGCGCUCCCCCCACAGGCCCAUCCUGCAGGCCGGGCUGCCGGCCAAUCAGACGGCGGUCGUCGGCCGCGACGUGACGUUUGUGUGUCGCGUGUUCAGCGACCCGCAGCCGCACAUCCAGUGGCACAAACACAUCACGGUCAACGGCAGCCGGCAGGCGCCCGACGGACACCCGUACGUCCUCGUUGUCAAGACUGCCGGUCUGAACACGACGGAUAAGGAGAUGGAGGUGCUGACGCUGAGGAACGUGAGCGUGGGCGAUGCCGGAGAGUACACCUGCCUGGCGGGGAACUCCAUCGGCGUCUCUCGCCACUCCGCCUGGCUCACCGUGGUCGACGACCUGCCGCCCGCCCCGCUGCCCUCCCAGACGUACCUGGAGAUCUUCAUCUACUGCCUCGGUUUCUUCAUCGUCAUCAUCCUCACCGCCACGGCCGUCGUCUGCCGACUCUGCUGCGCGCCGAAGAAGACCGACUUCAGUGGACAGCUGGCCGUGCAGAAACUGGCAAAGAGCCUUCCUCUGAGGAGACAGGUGUCUGUUGAGUCGGCGUCCUCCCUGCAGUCCGGGAUGUGUCUGAUGCGUCAGUCUCGCCUGUCCAGCGGCGCCACCACCAUCCUGACCGGCGUGUCGGAGUAUGAACUUCCCUUCGAUCCCACCUGGGAGCUUCCUCGCGACCGGUACAGCACCCUGUCUCGCUCCGCAUCUCACCACAAAAUGUUGAAAGAACAAUGUGCAGCGGACGCCACAGAGAAGGACCUGUCCGACCUCAUCUCCGAGAUGGAAAUGAUGAAGAUGAUCGGCAAACACAAGAACAUCAUCAACCUGCUGGGAGCGUGCACGCAGGAUGGCCCUCUGUACGUGGUGGUGGAGUACGCCUCGCAGGGGAAUCUGAGGGAGUACCUGCGCGCCCGCCGCCCGGCUGGGCUGGAGUACUGGAGCGGAGCCCGGCAGGGGUCCCUGGGCAGUCUGGAGACCAGGGAGCUGGUGUCUGCUGCGUACCAGGUGGCCCGAGGGAUGGCCUACCUCGCCUCGAAGAAGUGUCUUUCACAGAGACCUGUCAUUCCAUGGAACGUUGUUGUUUGGUCACUGAAGAAUACCAACUUUGAUGAAGAUCUGCGGACUUCGGUCUUGGCCCGAGACGUCCACCACACAUCGACUACUACAAGAAGACUACCACCCCGUGAGACGGUCGUCUCCCGGUGAAGUGGAUGGCACCGGAGGCUUUAUUUGACCGCGUCUACACACACCAGAGCGACGUGUG